AUGCCUGUAUUAACAUCAAAAGUGGAUAGGAAGUAUAUUCAUGUCGGUUCCCUUGCAAAUAUAUUCCUAAUCCUCAUCGUUAUGGACAGCAUCCGACAAGUUCAAAGCAAUCAACAGAUAGACAGCAUACGAUUGAAUGAAACGAACGCAGACGACAAAAGUGAUAAGAUUUCACUUGAAAAUACUCUGGAAAAUAAUACUAUAACGAGAAAUCAUUCCAAAGAUGGAAAGAGAGAUAGUGUAAUAGCAAAAGUGAGUUCCACUACUAGUACAAGUGGGAUAGGUGGAGGAGAGAUUGGUGGUCGUAAUGAUGGUCGUCUGGGAGGAAUGGGAGGUGAGAGCCAUGUUGAGGAAGGUGGAUGGAGUUCGACUGUUGUGACAGGAGGUGGAGCGGGAAGCUCCCAAUCACAUAUGAUGGGUUCCAGUAGUGGUACUCAUGAAAGUGGUGGGGGACAGACAUCCACAAAGACGGUUGGUUUGGGGUCUGGUGCGGGUGGGAGCAGUCACCAAGUAUUCAGUGUGAUGGUAGGUGGUGGUGGUGGUGGUGGACAGCGAGAAUCAUCCACUCGAACAGUCACAGUGAAUUCUGGUGGUGGAUCUCAUCAGUCUAGCGGAGCAGGCUUCAGUGGUCGUAAUAAUGGUCGUCUGGGAGGAAUGGGAGGUGAGAGCCAUGUUGAGGAAGGUGGAUGGAGUUCGACGGUUGUGACAGGAGGUGGAGCGGGAAGUUCCCAAUCACAUAUGAUGGGUUCCAGUAGUGGUACUCAUGAAAGUGGUGGGGAACAGACAUCCAAAAAGACGGUUGGUUUUGGGUCUGGUGCGGGUGGGAGCAGUCAUCAAGUAUUCAGUGUGAUGGUAGGUGGUGGUGGUGGUGGUGGACAGCGAGAAUCAUCCACUCGAACAGUUACAGUGAAUUCUGGUGGUGGAUCUCAUCAGUCUAGCGGAGCAGGCUUCAGUGGUCGUAAUAAUGGUCGUCUGGGAGGAAUGUGA